GUCCGCGGGGUUUUAAAAAGUAUUAAAAAGUGAUAAAUCAAAAUUGUCAAAUUUAAGGCCAUUAAAAGUUGUAAAUUUGGUCUCAGAGGUAUUAUUUUUUUCCAAAUUAGGUAUUAUUUUUUCAGACUAUAAGGUGUCCUAUUUUGAUAGAAUUUCAAUCUGCGUUCGCGUUACUUCGUUUAAAAGCAUUUCUGGGCACAUAAUCAUCAAGAUCUUUCGUCUCCGUCUCAACGUAUGUUUGAUGCUGACGUCAUAUUCAGUGGUCAUUCGGCAUCAUCUCAGAACACUGCGCGCUCAACAGAAGUGGCUGGCUUACGUUUUAUUAGACAAUCGUCGUCUUCAUGGGCAAAUGUAAGUUUUCAAAAUGCUGGGUUGACGACCCAGCGUUUAAGGACUGGAUUAGGCCUGUAGUAGGGAAUAACGGGCAGGCUUAUUGUUCGGUGUGUAAAAAAAACAUAAACGUCAACUGGAUGGGAGUUAACGCACUUCGGUCGCAUAUGCAAUCCACUAAACACAAAAAUAGAAUGCGUGCUCGCAGAGAGCAGUUAAUUCUACCAAUCUCAGCUGUCUGCACGGCUGCUCCUCCACCACCAACGCCGCAAAUUAUUAGUGCCACUGUAGGCCUACUGGCAAAAGCUACGGCUCCAGCAACGUCUGACCUCCGGAUGGUCAUGGGCGCCACACCAACACUGCGCGCGGAGGCUCUGUGGUGUCUGAACACUGCAGUUAAUCACCACUCGUUGAACUCCAAUGAAGGAAUUUCGGAGCUGUUUAAAGAAAUAUUUCCCGACUCUGACAUCGCGAAGUCAUUCACGUGUGGUAAAGACAAAACCGGGUACAUUAUCCGAUUUGGAUUAGCAUCGUUCUUCAAAAAACAACUUGUGGAUGGCAUCAACAAGGCUGGGCCAUUUGUGUUAAUGUUUGAUGAGAGCCUCAAUCAGGCGUCAAAGAAAAAACAACUUGACAUCCAUGUUCGAUACUGGGAGGAUGACCGUGUCCAAUCUAGAUACUUCGGGUCUCAGUUUUUGGGACAUGGAAGGGCCGAAGAUUUGUUGCAUCACAUAAAGGAAUGUGUCACACAAUUGAAUAUGAGGCAACUGCUAUCAGUUGGAAUGGAUGGCCCCAAUGUGAAUUUCAAGUUGGUGGAUCUACUCCAGAAAGAACAUGCAGAGCUCUAUGGAGGUGCCCAAGUUGUCACUGUUGGAAGCUGUGGACUUCACACCGUCCACAAUGCUUUAAAGGCAGGCUUUACUAUGUGGCAGUUGGAAAAACUUCUGCGAGCCAUGCACUUCCUCUUUCAUAAUGUGCCUGCCAGGAGAGAAGAUUUCACUAGGGUGAUGGGGUCCUCCUGCUUUCCCAUACCAUUUUGUGGCCAUAGAUGGGUGGAAAACGUUCCUGUGGCGGAAAGGGCAGUUGAAGUUUGGCCAGUGCUGAAGACGUAUGUGGAUGCUGCAGAGAAAAAGAAGGUUCCAGUCCCCUGCACAGCUUCAUAUGACACCAUAGUAGCUGCACAAAAGGAUCCUUUCAUUAUUGCAAAACUCCAGUUUUUUCUGGCGAUCGCAAGAACUUUCAACCCCUUCUUGACAAAGUUCCAAACUGAUGCUGCAGUGUUGCCCUUCUUGGCCAAAGAUUUGACUGAGCUGCUGAUGAGUUUACUGAGGCGGUUCGUUCAACGAGAGCUCACCCAGGACCUCACACCUCUGCAGCUGAUCAAAAUAGAUCUAACAGAUGAAAAGAACUUGGUCUCCCCAAAGAGUGUAGACAUAGGCCUGGGAGCAGAAUCUGCUAUCAAGGAACUUCAGAGCAAACCAGGAUUCAAGGUUGGUGAGCUUUCUGUGCUCACCUUCAGGCGAGAAUGUCUGCAGGGCCUGAUUAAGGUUGUUGUGAAGCUACAGGAGAAAAGCCCCCUGAAAUUCCAAGUGGUCAGGCAGAUUGCAUGCUUGGACCCUUCAAGAAUGCACAGAGAUCCCGAUUGGUGCAUCAGACAGAUGAAAGGAAUAGUGCAAACAUUCCUCCACUGCAAACAUUUGGCAGGUGGCAUACCAGCUGGUGAUGUAAUCAUUCAGCAGUUUACAUCAUUGCUGUCUCUUGAGGGCAGAGAUGAAAAAUUCCGCUCUUUCCAGCCUUUCAAGCAACGUGUGGAUGUGUUUCUACACUUGAUCCUCAGCCCAUCCUACAUGGACCUGUUGAGAUUCUGCCAGAGCGUUUUACUUCUUUCACAUGGACAAGCCACCGUGGAGAGGGGCUUCUCCAUUAACAAGAAGGUGGAAACCUGUAACCUUCUUGGUGAAUCCUUUGAAUCACUGAGGUUAAUCUGUGACAAUGUCAGUAGCUGUGGUGGUGUCCUCAAGGUGCCUUUAAGCAAGGACCUGCUGGCUUCUGUGGCCUCAGCAAGGUCCCAGUACAGGCUCUACCUGGAGCAAGAGUGUAAAAAGAAGGAGAGUGAUGCUCAAACACAGAAAAGGAAGGCCGCAGAGGACGAACUACAGGAGCUCAAGAAGCACCGCAGAGUCCUGGACGAAGUCUGUGCCAUCCUUGAAAAUGAUGCCAACAAAUUGGCGGAGGAGGCAGAGGGGAAAGCUGGGUCAAAAAUGGCCCAGCUAAUCACCAAAUCAAACACAUUUAGAAGGAGACACAAGGAGAAAAAAGGAACUGGUCAAAAUGGACAAAACUAUUGAGGAAAAGGCCAUGGAAUUAAGGAACUUGCCAUAGGAUUUUAUGCCCACAAGUUCAUAUUAGGCCUAUAGCACAAGUGCAAACAAUAGUUCACCAGUUCAUAGAAGAUGCCUGUUUGUGAAUCCGCAACAGUUCAUAAAAGAUGCCGUUUUGUGAAUCCGCAACAGUUCAUAGGAGAUGCCGGUUUGUGAAUCCGCAACAGUUCAUAGAAGAUGCCGGUUUGUGAAUCCGCAACAGUUCAUAAAAGAUGCCAGUUUGUGAAUCCGCAACAGUUCAUAGAAGAUGCUAGUUUGUGAAUCCGCAACAGUUCAUAGAAGAUGCCCGUUUGUAAUGCAUCAACUUGCAAUGAAUGCCAGCCAGUGUGCAUUCUCUGCAUUGCACAUUUUAAGUAGUUUGUUUUAUUUUUAUUUACUAAGUAAAUAAAUGUGCAAUAUGUUGUCAACAUCAGUCUCUAAAUCUAUUCUUUUUUGUAUGUUAUAUAUGUCAAAAUCUGUGUAAAUAGUAGAAAGGUCACUGAUUAACACUUGCAAUUAAGUGUCGUGAUGGUUUUAAAAAAUAUUCUGAAGGUAGUAAAAAAGGUAUUAAAAAGUAGUAAAUUUAACUUAAGGAUUGCUGUAUAUACCCUGGGGUAGGUUAGAUGUAGAAGUGGGAUUAGGUUGGCAAAAUGCCUUAUUAAUGCAAUAUUGUCA